CUCUUGAAUCUGUUGAAGCCGUAGUGGGCGUUGAGUGCGAGCAGUUUGAACCGUAGCGGUGCCGACCGAGGCGGAAACAUUGGAUUUGGACGAAUUGUUUAUAGGCAGGCUGAACUUAAACAGCGUAAUUCACAUCCACAAACACUGUCUUUUAUAUAGCCGUCUUCAAAGCAGAAGGGACGCCGGCUUUUUCCUUCUGUUUGUCGAGUCUCGCUACGUAAAGCCGGCAAAGUGAAUCCCUCCUCCUCCUAAGCUAACCGCUAGCUAGUUAGCCGCCGAGCUAACGUUACAGCUAGCCGAAACACGGAGCCAGCUAACGUUAAUCCCCAACCAAAAGGACGAUUUUGGCCGGUGUUUUGUCACAUCGAUCCCAAAUCACUCCGUUGAAUGAGUACUGAGCCUCCUGUGCAGGUUGAUCAUGGUGCUGACAGGGAAGCGCUCGGAGAAGGGUCCCGCCUGCUGGAAGAGGAGGGUGAAGUCUGAGUACAUGAGGCUUCGGCAGCUCAAACGCUUCAGACGGGCCGACGAGGUCAAGAGCAUGUUCAACACCAACCGUCAGAAAAUCAUGGAUCGCACUGACAUCUUGAACCAGGAGUGGAAGACCAGGAGAAUCCAGCCGGUUCACAUUAUGACGUCUGUCGGCUCUUUAAGAGGAACUCGAGAGUGCACGGUGGACAGCGGCUUCUCUGAGUACCCCCGGCAGGUCAUUCCCCUGAAGACUCUCAACGCCGUGGCCUCAGUCCCGGUCAUGUACUCCUGGUCUCCGCUGCAGCAGAACUUCAUGGUGGAGGAUGAGACGGUGCUCCAUAACAUCCCCUACAUGGGAGACGAGAUCCUGGACCAAGAUGGUACUUUCAUAGAAGAACUCAUCAAGAACUAUGAUGGCAAAGUCCAUGGAGACAGAGAGUGCGGCUUCAUCAACGAUGAAAUAUUCGUGGAGCUGGUCAGCGCUCUGUCGCAGUACAGCGACAACGAGGACGAUGAGGAGGAGGAAGAGCAUGACUUCAAGGUAGAAAAGAUGGAGCUGUGUGAGGGCAAGGAGCAUCCAGAGGACCCGCGCAAGGAUGGGCUCAUUAACAAUGAGAGCCGAACCAGCAAUGACGGCACCAAGAAGUUUCCCUCUGACAAGAUUUUUGAAGCCAUCUCCUCCAUGUUCCCUGACAAGGGCUCCACUGAGGAGCUCAAAGAAAAGUACAAGGAGUUGACGGAGCAGCAGCUGCCCGGCGCGCUGCCCCCUGAGUGCACACCGAACAUCGACGGUCCGAACGCCCGCUCCGUGCAGCGCGAACAGAGCCUGCACUCCUUCCACACUCUGUUCUGCAGACGAUGCUUCAAAUACGACUGCUUCCUGCACCCCUUCCAUGCAACUCCAAACACCUAUAAGCGCAAGAACUUGGAGAACCAGGUGGACACCAAACCCUGCGGCCUCGACUGCUACAUGUACCUGGUACAGGAUGGGAUAGUGAGCGAGUACCCCGCAGGCGUAGUUGCCGAGCGGGCCAAGACGCCCUCCAAGCGCACGGUGGGCCGUCGCCGCGGACGAAUGCCGAACAGCAACAGCCGACCCAGCACGCCAUCUGUUUCCUCGGAAACCAAAGACACAGACAGCGACCGCGAGGGCAGCAAAGAAGACGACAGAGACAACGACAAAGAUGACGACAAAGACGACGACAAAGACUACGACGACAAAAAGGAUGAAAACACCAGCAGCUCAGAGGGAAACUCGCGGUGUCAGACUCCAGUGAAGAUGAAGCUGACUGGUGAGGCUGAAGCGGUGGAGUGGAGCGGCGCCGAAGCCUCUCUCUUCAGGGUUCUCAUCGGGACAUACUACGACAACUUCUGCGCCAUCGCACGGCUCAUAGGCACCAAGACCUGCCGACAGGUUUACGAGUUCAGGGUGAAGGAGUCGAGCAUCAUCGCUCGGGCUCCUGCUGAAGACGAAGACACACCGCCCAGAAAGAAGAAGAGGAAACACAGACUCUGGGCCACUCACUGCAGGAAGAUCCAGCUGAAGAAAGAUGGCUCGUCCAAUCACGUGUAUAAUUACCAGCCAUGUGACCACCCACGGCAGCCCUGUGACUCCUCAUGUCCCUGCGUCACCGCUCAAAACUUCUGCGAGAAGUUUUGCCAGUGCAGCUCUGAAUGUCAGAACCGUUUCCCGGGUUGUCGGUGCAAAGCUCAGUGUAACACCAAGCAGUGCCCCUGCUACCUGGCCGUGAGGGAGUGUGACCCCGACCUCUGCCUGACCUGCGGCGCCGCAGACCACUGGGACAGCAAGAACGUGUCCUGCAAGAACUGCUCCAUCCAGAGAGGCGCCAAGAAGCAUCUGCUGCUGGCUCCUUCAGACGUGGCAGGUUGGGGCAUCUUCAUCAAAGAGCCGGUCCAGAAAAACGAGUUUAUAUCGGAGUACUGUGGAGAGAUAAUCUCUCAGGAUGAAGCCGAUCGCAGAGGGAAGGUCUACGACAAAUACAUGUGCAGCUUCCUCUUCAACCUUAACAACGACUUUGUUGUUGAUGCCACGAGGAAAGGCAACAAGAUCCGCUUUGCCAACCAUUCUGUCAACCCCAACUGCUAUGCAAAAGUGAUGAUGGUAAACGGGGAUCACAGGAUAGGAAUCUUUGCUAAGAGAGCCAUCCAGACUGGAGAGGAACUCUUCUUUGACUACAGGUACAGCCAGGCUGACGCUCUGAAGUACGUCGGGAUCGAGCGGGAGAUGGAGCUCGCCUGACUCGGACUUCUACCUCCUGUGGAUCAACGACACAAAGGCCUUACACUCAAACACAAACAAACACACCGUCACUUCAGGAAACCCCGAUGACUUGUCAAAAUGUUUAAAAGCUUCAGGAAAACUGGGAAUAUUUGAAGCUGAAUUUUGAUGCCAUUUAGUUGUUUUUUGUCACCUUGAUCUUUUUUUUUUUUUUAAGUACUUUUCAGAUCUGUUUCUGUUUUGUCUUGUGAUUUUUCUCCUUGUCAACAAAUCUUCCUCUUCUGUAAAUCUUUCCUCAGCUGGAAGUGCACAUCACCGACAAACUGACUCUCGUUUGUGUCGUUAAAUAGGAGACGAACCAACGACCGUUUGUUUAAAAACUAGCUUUUCAAUUCAUGCUUCAGGGACCAAAAUCCUCCACCAGCCGCUUUCACACACGACCGUCUGGACUGUGUGUGUGUACCGUGCGCCACAUGUGGGUCCGUUGUCGUGUUGUGUUUUUAAACUGUGUGAAUUGAAUCAGCCGCACUCUCCUCCGAGUGCCAGAUCACUGUCUGUCUGUAAAACAGGGAGGCCGUUCACAAAGCAGCGUCACACCACAACCAACACAGAUUUGGUUUCCAA